AUGAGUGAUGUACCGAGAGAUUCGCAACAAACAGUCCGCAAGCCGAAGGGAAACAACUGCACUACAGAUAAAAUAAAAGCAAAGGCAUUCCCAGAACCAUACAGAGAACUGCUUUUUUGCAGAUGUGCACCCCGUCCUAACUGCGCACAGGGGUACUGGAAUGGUCAGCAUCUAGAAACGUCAGGUAGUGGAAGUCCCACUUUUGUCGUUGAGGCACUCUCUGACGAAAAGAGCCUCUCCGCUUGCAUCCCCUUUAAUGAGCUUCAUUUAUCAGCGGACCACGGAGACGAUAGCGACGAUACAGAUGAAACAGAAUUUGGGGUGUCUUCGCAACCGCACAUGCCGGAUCCUUCGGGAGGAAUGCCCGAUCGCGAAAGAUUUGCUGAGGCGGGAGAACCCUUGCAACUCCCUGAGGCGGAGGAACCCCUGCAACUCCCUGAGGCGGAGUCGGGCGCUUUCUUCGAUCAGCCGUCUUUGCAGAAACCUAUGCUGUGA